AUGGCUUUUUUUGUAAACAGCUGCUCUGUGAGACACCUGAACAUCACCUGGGUGACUUUGAUUCCAAAGCUUGAUAACCCCACAUCAAUCGAGGACUACAGGCCAAUCAGCAUGGUCGACGCUCUGUACAAAAUUAUCUCCAAGAUCCUCACAGACCGUCUCAAAGAAACAGAUUUUAGAUGGUGUGUUGAUUGCGAACGAAUCAAUAAGAUGGUUGAGAAAAAAAAGAAUUUCCCUGGAACUCUUAUCAAGCUAGACUUCCAAACGGCCUAUGAUUCGGUAAGCUGGUCCUUCUUGGAACUUGUAAUGAAAAAGCUAGGAUUUGGUAGGAAAUGGAUCAGGUAG